CGCCACGUGCGUACGCGGGCAAAGAUUUCCGUCCCCGAUCGGACACCGAUCGACACCGAGGCCCAGACAGCGAAUUGCGAGUUUGAAAACAAAUCGUUAAUCGCACAACGAACAGUAACUGUGUCACCGAGCGACAGUAAACACCCUUUGGGGCCGCUGCGCGCACUGUUGUGUUGGUGAAUGCACACCCCGUUGGCCUUGGGAGCACGUUACGUUCGCGGUGCUCGCACGUAGCCCCACACCUGGUUUGCAGAUGCUUUGUACGAUCGAUUCAAGGAAGGCAAAAGACCCCGAGCAGCGCACGUGCCAAUGACGCGGUGGACACGACACAUAACGAACCCGGAGGAGCAUUAAACGCCAUCGUCUUGUAUCUUGGCGCAGAAUUCUGGAGGAGCCCCACCAAGAGUCGGCCGGGCCGGGCCGGGCUUUGGUAUCGAAACCUGUGAUGAUAAGCCGAUAAGAUAACGAAAAAUUCAAGGAAAGAUGCGAUGUGAGGUGCAAUUCUAGGUGCGCAACGUAAAGCGAACCCCCUUGGCCACGAUGUAUUCGAAGCCUGUUAUCUGCGGGAAACGAACGUUGCUCAAGCGCGCGCUCUCCAGCCGCGGCCGAUAUGAGGUGACACUAUUCCCGACGGAGCUUGCUAGCCAUUCGACAGUUGUUAGUGCCACAGGCCCGGCGUGGCCAGAACCCGCCUUGAACUUGCGCGCAAAGAAAGGUUCGGAUUGCAGGCAGACAAACGAAAAGAAAAGUGAUCGCCUUCGAAAGUGAAAGUAUAAAGAUCUACUGGCGAUCGUAAGACGAAUCCCACGUUUAAAACUCUCGUAAUUUUAUCGUGUGUUACUUGCUGACCCCAGGCGAAAGUGUUACAAAACAGUUGGAAUAUGUCUGGCGUUCGACCCAAACGGUGGGUCUACUUCGCACUGGUGCUGGUGGCGCUGCAUUCCCGGAGCAUUUCGGCUGGCGAGGAAACAAAUGAGCCCCAAGCAACGACCGAGGCCGCGGCUAACGCCACAACGCCGGCCUGGAUGCCGUACUUAGAGGUACAAGAGGGCAGCAGCAACAGUUCGGUGCUGUGCAAGAACUGCACGUGUAACGCCAGCAACGCCACCUUCGACUGCACAAACGUGAAGCUGGAGUCGACCACGAGCUUUCCGCCGGAAGCGUGGUUGUCGCUGAACGCCAGCGGUUUUGUGCCCAAAACGAUACUGCUCAAAGCGACCGGCCUGCGCCAAGUGGUGCGCUUCCCGCCCAUGAACGUCACGCUGCUCGAUCUGAGCUACAACGAGAUCCAGAACAUCGAGGCCCAAUGUUUCAUUGAUCUGGCGCAGCUGGAGGUGUUGGAUCUGUCGCACAACCUGCUCACGACCGACUCACUGGUACCGGAAAUUUUCGAUGGUCACUUCUCACCUUCCGCGUACGAACCGAUGGAACAUUUGCGGGUACUCCGCCUAGGAGCGAACAAGCUUCACUCGCUGAAUUCGGACCUGUUUGAGCACCUGCCAGCGCUGGAAGUGCUUAGCCUGGAGCUGAAUCAGUUCAAGGUGAUCGAUUCCCAGACGGACACGGCCAUCAGCGGCAUUUCCACGCUCGUGAGUCUCGAUCUGAGCUACAUGGAGCUGGAGGAGAUCCCAAAGUUCCUGCUGCAUACGCCACGCGGUUUGCGGUACCUGAACCUCACCGGAAACCUGCUGAAGGAGGUGCCACCGGCGCUCACCUACGCCGUUGGACUGAACUGGCUCAGUCUGGACGAGAAUCCGAUCGAAACGAUCGUGGCCGGAAACGAGUUCCCGGUGAUGAAAAAUCUAACGUAUCUCGGCUUGUCGUACAUGCCGGCGCUGAAGGUGAUCGGUCGGGGAGCGUUCCGGGGGUUGGAAUCGCUCCAGGAGCUGUACCUGGCCAACAACCCACACCUGGGCUAUCUGCACGCGGAAGCUUUCUCGCGCAACGACACCGACAAUCCGGAGCGUCUCAUCUGGCCCCCGGUUCGGCGGCUGUAUCUGCACAACAACGACCUAAAGUACCUCGACGCGCAACUGCUGGUCCAGUGGGACGCGAUGGAGGUGAUCGAUAUCCGCGUUAAUCCAUGGGCCUGCGAUUGCGCCAAUCGGUGGGUCGUGUCUACGCUGCUGCCAAUCGUCGAGCGCAUCACCCCGACUAUCCUAAACAACAUCGUCUGUAGCAGUCCCCCGCAAAUGGCCGGCGCAUCGAUGAUCGAUCUGGAGCACCAUCACACGAAACUGCGCUGCCUCGACACGGCCGGCAACAACCCGUCGAACGAUGGAGCCCUGCUGGUGGGCCUUUUGAUCGGCGUCCUGGCGGCCGCCCCACUCACCGCGGGCCUCUGGUGCAUCUACAAACGGGGUUGCUUCGGCCUAUUCCGGGACAAGGGUCCGGCCGGUUACUCGCGUGCCUUCUACAGCCGCACGACGCUCAAUGAAGAGUUCUGAAAGCCGCCCUAACCCACCCAUCACGAGAGAGCAAACCAAAUAGCCGCACACCCCAGUGGCCACACACCGUCUACUUAAGCGGAUCUCCUCUUUCCGGUUGAAAGAGGUCAUGCGUCUGUGUGUAAUGCCUUUAAAGCACUUUAGUGAACCGAAUAAAGAGAGCGAUUGGCGUUCGCAAUACUUUUAACAAAAUAUUCUUUUAGUAUCACGCUUCAUUCACCGCGUUGGCAGAAGCUCCAUUCCGAUGUCCUUGAGCAAUUUCAAGCUGCGCACCAGACGUACCAAAAAUGUCCUUAUAAUUAAUAGUCAUCUGAGUUGUGAUAGACGCAUUUCGAACGCAUCGAAUCGAUGGUGGCUGCCCAGGUAACCGGCCGAAGCGCACCGUGACGGUGGCGAUAGCCUUUGGGGCGCUAGAGAAAACUAAAAGAAAGAAGACUACGAAAAUGUUACAAAUAAA